AUCGGCAUCCGAUGCGCUGGGUUCGGUGACGUUUUUUCCUUCUUUCUCCCGAGCGAGCGAGAAGGAUGUGAGGAAAAUUCUCUCACACACAAAAAGGAAACGUCGUUGUUCAUCGACGCAGCAGCUUUUCCGUGAUGCAAAUAGAGACACGGUGUUGUAGUUAAGGUGAUUGCGAAAAAAUUAGCAAAUUUGCUUCUUUGCUGUUGGCCACCUUUCCCUUCCUGCACGCGCUUACAUUGGUCAGUGAAAUCGAACCGUUUAAUAAGGGUAGCUACUGGAAUCAUUGCGAAAACAUACUGUUUACAAGAAGCUGCUAGGCUUGCUGGAUAGAGGAUUGUGUGAAAAAAUCGCUUCUCGUUUUUGGAGGAAAAGUGUCCAAUGACUUCCAUCGCUAUCAGUACACAUUUUGUUGACCGUGCCAGAGUAAAGAAAACGUUCCAGCAACGUCGAUUGAUGCAUUAAUGAGAGUGGGCACAACUUUGUGAUACAACCACACAACCAAAGUCCUAGAAUGGAAGAUCCAUUUUUCGUGGUGAAAGACGAAGUAUUCAAAGCAUUGAAUAAAACACGUGGGCUGUAUAUUCGCUGGCGUGAGCUGAACGAUGCACAUUCCGGUGGUUCCACUGCCGAAGCCGAUUGGACAACAACUGAACUGAAGAACUCACUCCGCAGCAUUGAAUGGGAUUUGGAGGAUCUGGAAGACACUAUUAGUAUUGUAGAGAAAAAUCCAAGCAAAUUUAAGAUCGACAACCGGGAACUUUCCAGCCGACGGCAUUUCAUCGACGCCACCCGGGAUGAGGUGAAAUCGAUGAAGGAUCGCAUGAGCAUUAGCCGCAACCGUGAUCAGGACAUAACCGCACGCCAACCGCUGCUCGAUAACGUCGAAUCGUCACCGCAGUGCAAUAAGAAUUACAUCAACAACAACAGCAUCAUAUCAAACGGUGUGGCCGUGCUGACCGGGAACGGUACCAUCGGUGGGCUCAACAACAAUUCGCUAAACUGCAACCUGAACAACAACAGUCAGGUGAACAAUUUAAACCUUGCCGAAACUGGUAAACAUCUGAUCAGUUCCGCCGGUGCUGCAAUGGCUUCGCGACACAGUGGGGCAAAGUACUCGAAGCUGGAGAAUAAUCUCGACGAUAGUCCGAGCCACUAUGUUCCAUCGUCAUCCGGUGGUGCGGUACUCGACUCCAGCUCAAAUCGCUUCGUGGAAGAUACGUUGGCCACGCAGCAUAGGAUUCUGGUCGGGCAGGAUGAGCAGCUGGAUAUAAUCAGCGAUUCGAUUGGGACACUUAAAACGGUAUCCCGCCAGAUUGGUAUCGAGCUGGAUGAACAGGCUGUAAUGCUAGACGAGUUUGGCAAUGAACUGGAGCAAACUGAUUCCAAGCUGGACGCUACCAUGAAGAAAGUAGCAAAGGUAUUACACAUGUCCAACGAUCGGCGACAGUGGACGGCAAUCGUAGUUCUAUCGAUAGCACUGGUAGUUGUGAUAAUUAUUUACAUCAUUCUCUAAUCAAUAUCUAUCUAUCGUACAGAGGAAAAUAAUUAUUCGGGUAUGGUAAAGCGUAGGUGCGUGGGGGUAUAGAAGUCAACUAAAGUCAAGUGGUGAAAGUUUUUUUUUUCAUAUUUGUUUUUAUUUUCCCAAAUAACAUAGUGAUGAGGUUGGCAGUACGCAAAACAAACCAAAAAGAAACAUAUUAAUGAUUUAUGAUGUAGAUUAAUAUGGUUAGCUUCUCCGUUCUCCCGUGCAGUGUUCAUUUGAGGAAAGUGAUGAGCGUAGUGAUGUUAUGUUUAGUCCUAUCGUAUGUGAAACUGUAGAUCAAUUUAUUUAGUUUAUUAUAGUUUAAAGAAAAUUAAUCCUAUCGCCCAUAAGUUUAGCUAACAUGUCUGGUAUAUGUGUGUGAAUGUUAUGGUCUUCUUUAUUAUUACUAUUGUGCGUGAACUACGCGUGAAGCAUCUUUCGUACAGCUAAGUUUAUGCGAGGUGUAACAUAGGGAUAGCAAACCAUUGUAAAUAUCGUACCAAUUACGUUCGAGAUGCUCUCGAGAUUUGAUAGUCCGGUCUAAUUUUGCAUUUUUUUUUAUAAGAACACUUUUGUUCGUAUUGCAUAAUUCAAUAUACUAUUUGUAUCGAACACUCUUAUCCAGCGAAUGGUAUCAUACGAAUAUCAUUUCAUUUUUCCACUGAGAUUCGUAAGGAUUGGUUCUAGUCAUAGGUUCCAUACAUAUGUUUAAUGAUAGUGCAAGGUUUUGAAACGGAAACAAAAACAAAUAGUGGAAAAAGGUAGUUUCUUAAUAUUACCCUUAAGCGUUCGUACUUGGUUAGGAUUUCAAAUUUUGAUUGAUACAUAUUUAUGUUUUUUUUAAAUAAAUAACUCAAUAAACAAACAGUUCAUAGCAUACCAAAACGUAGACGACCACAAACGAUCAGAUACAGUCGAUAAACUAGGUAUCGAAUGAAUAUAUUUUUCGUGAAAUGUAUUAAAUAUCUCAGAAUGAACAACUAUGUUUUAUGAUGCAGCCAAAUUUUCCUAUAUUAUCAAACGAUUGUCGUCAACCAUUUAACCGCAACAGAAAAAAAAUAUAUCGGUGCAAAGAGAAAGCAAUGAUGAAGCGUCUGUAAUCCGCAAUACGACGUUGAGGGUGAUACGGAUACGUAGAGCGAUAAAGGCAGCAAAAAAGGAGGACGUCUUCCUCGAUGUAACGAUGUAAGGACCCACGACUAGACGUAGAAGGUAGUAUUCGACUCGGUUCACCCGGUCGAGCAUACGUUCGAACAAAACACAAAUGUAGUGUGGACAAGUUUUUGAAAUUCCCCGUAAUAUUUUUGUCGCGUAGUAAUUCAUGAUUAAAGUAACAACACUAUAUAAAGGAAUGAAAAGGAUAA